AUGGCAGACACGAAAAUCAAGACAUGUUGCUGUCUGCUGUUGAUGCUCUGUCUGCUCACGGCGUCUGACGCUCAGUCAUCUACAGAUGACGCCACUGCUACGGACACAUCCCCUACUACCACCACAGUGACGUCAUCUCAGUCAACUACGGACACAUCCCCUACCACCACCACCGUGACGUCAUCUCAGUCAACUACGGACACAUCCCCUACCACCACCACCGUGACGUCAUCUCAGUCAGCUACGGACACCUCUCUACCACCACACCGUGACGUCAUCUCAGUCACUACGACACCUCCCCUCCACCACACGUCAUCUCAGUCAGCUACGGAUCAUAACCACCACAGUGACGUCAUCUCAGUCAGCUACGGACACAUCCCCUACCACCACAGUGACGUCAUCUCAGUCAACUACGGACACAUCCCCUACCACCACAGUGACGUCAUCUCAUCAACUACGACACAUCCCCUACCACCAGUGACGUCAUCUCAGUCAACUACGGACACAUCCCCUACCACCACCGUGACGUCAUCUCAGUCAACUACGGACACAUCGGUUAUCACAACUCUGACGUCAUCCUCAAUAAGCACUGCGGGCGCUGAGACGACAACAUCGACUACCGUUGCCGUGUCAUCGAAUGGCACAGUUUCCACACUAGAGACAAAGUCGACCACAGCCACGUCAUCGUCCUCCAAUGACACCUCUACUCAGCCUCCAGUUCAAACCAGUUCCUCGGACAAAGCCACGGUGUCUUCUGUGCCUCCAUCAACGGCCAUUUCUUCCACGUCUUCCUCUGACGUCACUGUCAACUCAUCUCUCGUUGAGGACUGCUACCGGCGUCUUCCCAGCAGUCAGCUGACGGCGUUGUAUCGCCUGAUGCACAACGUCACGUGCUCGCGGCAACACCUGGUCAAGGUGGGCGUCGUGCUGGGCAACCUGACCUUGCCUGUGCUCACCAUCCCUGACGUGAAGGCCAUCAUGGCGAGAAACGCCACCUGGGCAUCGAACUCACUGCUGCCUGACUUCAACUCCUCGGUCAACUGCAGUGCGUUUGACUUCGACAACUUGACUGACGCCGCCAUCUUGUCCGUGCUGGUCGCCGACCUCGUGACCGGAAUGCCUGCUUUGAAACUGUCGCUGGACGAUGCGCUGGUCAACGCAACGAGCUGCGUGACGUCACUUGUCGUCAAAGCUGCUGCUGACGUCUACGCUAACGAACUCGAUGAGAUCUCGCGAGCUUACAGAAACAUCACAAGCCUUCUCAAGGUCUACGCGGAUGGCGUACUUGCAGCGCUGCAGCGAGUGACCGGAUGUUCCGGUGUGGCGGACUGCAAUGGGUGUGCGGGGGCAAGGCCAGACUGGACUGGGAGUGUCGGGUGUGCUAUGGGGCGACACCGUCUACAAGAUCACCUUCGCCGGCGACCUGAAGGAUUGCACCAAGACCUGCCUGGGCAAAGCGUUCGUGGAGCCGUGUACCGGCACGUGUGUGGGAGGCAACACCGGGCUGGCGAGCGGAGGACUACGUGGACUGUGCAGGUAUUUGUCUGGACCCAACAUCCGGGACUCGUGCAACAUCUGUGUGGCCAACACCACCCAGUCCCGCCACGGGUCACAGUUCAUGGACUGCACGGGGAAGUGCUUCGUCAAAGCCAACAUGAGCAGCAUGGCAGUCAACAACAGCUGUGGGUCUGUGUGCUGGGAGACACGGGUAGACCAGCCAACAGCGGGGUGGAUGUGUGCGGGGUGUGCAACGGAACCAACUCUACCUGUCAGGACUGCGAGCACGUGCCCAACGGAGGGAAGGUGCCGGACGCCUGUGGUGUGUGCGGGGGACAAGGAACCAAGUGUCUGGCUGUGACGUCAGUGUCGCCGGGAGUGGUGCCCUCUGGUUUACAAAAGGUGGUGGUAGUUGCUGGCGCCGGUUUCAACGCCAGUCUCGACACCUGUGUGGCCGAGGGCCGUGACACGGGAGGGAACCAGACUGUGUUCUCGAGGUCGUCUACCCCCCCGGACGUUCACCAGACUGACCUUGACCCUGCCGUCCACCCUUGCUGCAGACAGCUACACCAUCAAGUGCCGACUGACAGGCGGCUCCUACGCUAACUCCACGGCUGUGGUCAUCGUCUACAACUCUUCAGUUGCGACAGUGUCGGGUGUCUCCAAGACCAACUUCACGAUCUCUCCAUCUUCUCAGGAAGUCAUCGAGUUUCAGGGGUCAGGGUUCAUGAGCAACUCUACAUUCUGCAAACUGACAGGUGACAAAGUCCAGGUGUUCUUCUCGCCGGCCGUGGACCUGCAGCAGGGCAGCGCGUGUGGCGACAUCCUGAGCUCGGUGGGCAGCCUGGGGGCGGGGGCCGUGUGCUCCCGAUCGUCUCCCGCCAGCUCCUCCACA